AUGUAUGUGAAAUGGUUUGAUACAGUAAUGUUUUACUAUGUUAUUUUAGUGAAUGUCACUUUUUGUCAUUUUCAAAUUUCCCGCCGUGUCAGGGGACGGAAUCCAGAAGACAGAUGUCGGCAUCUGCCGGAGGACAUAACAGAGGACACUGCAGGAGGGACAUCGUGGGAGCGCAGGACAAGUUAAGAGAAGAACAGAUCCCGGAGCAGUGCUGCAUGGUAAGCCCGAGUGUAGCUCGGGGUUACCGCUUGUGCUACACUUGGGAAUACCGCCAGGGAGGAUA